CGUGUGCGCGGGCGCGCGCAAGUGUGUGUGGCUCUUUCGGCACGGCCGUGGCGGUGCGGUUGCUGGUGCUGCUGCUGGUGCUGGUGCGCUGCUGCUGGUGGUGCGGACGGUGGAGUGGUCGGAACGGUCUGGCCGGAGUGUGUCAGUCGGUUGACGAGUCCUGUCGGUGUUGCUCGUACCUUGCGGGUGUAUGACACUGCGACGGCAGCGGCGAGCCGAUAGCGAGCCGAUAGCGCAAGUCGUGAGUCCGAUUGGUGGCCGACGAGGAGAGGGUGCGGUGUCGGUGGGUCUGCUAUUCCAUUCCAUCGUCGUCGUCGUCGACGGCGGGUCUACUGAUCGCGCGCCACUGGUCCAUGUGCUCUGACUAAAAUGCUCAUCAAGGAAUACCGUGUCACUCUGCCCCUCACAGUGGAAGAGUAUCAAGUAGCUCAACUGUACUCUGUAGCAGAGGCUAGUAAAAAUAAUACAGGUGGUGGAGAAGGCAUUGAAGUAUUGAAGAAUGAGCCGUUUACGGAUUAUCCGUUGCUCGGUGGAAAGUAUUCAUCAGGCCAAUAUACAUAUAAGAUUUAUCAUUUAGCUAGUAAAGUGCCUGGUUUUAUUCGCAUGUUACUGCCAAAGAACUCGUUGGAGAUCCAUGAAGAGGCUUGGAACGCUUAUCCCUAUUGUAAAACAGUUAUAACUAAUCCAGGGUAUAUGAAGGACAAUUUCGUGAUCAUGAUAGAAUCCUUUCAUAUUGGUGACGUCGGUAAUCAGCAUAAUGUACACGAAUUGCCACCCGAUAAGCUUAAGAUCAGAGAGGUAGUGCACAUAGACAUCGCCAACGACCCGGUUGCUAGUGCCGAUUACAAGGAGGACGAGGAUCCGUCUAAAUUCAAGUCCCAGAAGACGGGACGGGGUCCCCUUGUCGGGAAAGACUGGAAAAAUAAUGUUCAACCUGUGAUGACGUGCUACAAGCUAGUCACUUGUGAAUUCAAAUGGUUCGGUCUGCAGACCCGUGUCGAAGGAUUCAUUCAGAAAGCGGAACGACGCCUCUUUACCAAUUUCCACAGGCAAGUGUUCUGCUGGAUAGAUCGUUGGUACGGCUUAACCAUGGAGGAUAUUAGAGCAAUCGAAGACAAUACGAAAGAAGAAUUAGACAGGCAAAGACAUCAAGGUGAAGUACGGGGUAUGCGAGCUGAAGAUUGAGGCUUCGAUAGCUUCUAUUAUGAACGAUUAAAUCAAUUUCCUUAUACAUGUCAACACAGAUACAGACGCAUACCUACAGAUGUACACCCUGUUACGCUCUGUCAUAGACGAUUCCACAGAAUAUGGACGAUUUCUGGAAUUUACGUGUCUAGAUUCAGUGUCUAUUACAAAUUACUUACAAUUUUAAUUUAUUUUACAUUUACAAGCGUUUUAGAUAAAUGUAUCUACAGUCAAAGAUUAUUAUAAUGUAGUUAUUAUAAAAAGAAAAAAAAAGAAAGACAAAAUGGAAAAGAAUCAGAAUCGUCUGGUUCUUUUGUUUAAUGCAUAAUUACGAAGGAGAAUUUGGUUUCGUGAGAAAUGUUAUAUAGAUAAAAAAUUAUAAUUACUUAACAGCAGUUCGUAGUUCGAUAAUAAUAGAUAUUGGAGUUCGUUAACAAACGACAAAAUGCUUGCUGCAAAGUACAUAAAAGAUAAAAACAAAGGAAAUAUGUGAUUUAACAUCGCGAAUUUGAUCGUAGUUAAAUAGUUAAAAAAUUCCACAGUUUAAUAUAUUAAUGUACAAUUGAAAAUCUCUAAAUGUUGCAUAUUAAUGCUCUGUAUUUCGAACUAUUAUUUCAAUCGAAAGUGUGAUGUACUAGAUCGUGUAUUUUCGGAAGAGAGCUCAAGAGUAUUUUCUCAAUUUUGCGAAAGUGUACAUGUGAUCAGGAAAUUUGAUUCGAAGAAAGUUCUAAGAAUUUUAAAUGUAUAUUUAUAUAGUUAUUUCUGCUGGAUCUUUUUCAAGAUUCCAAAAGGCAAGGUACUACGAUAGAUUCAAAUCUACAAUGUUCCUCUAUUCUUUCAGUCCGUUCGUUAUCGACGAGCGCGAGACGUGUACAUGUAUCUAUCCCCUUAAAGAGUUAGGACCAAACUGAUGGAUUUUUUAAUUAUACUGCGAUGCUCUAACAGUAACGUAUUAACAUAUUACACUAUCUAAAUUGUUUACUGCGAACAGGGGAGGCGAUGUAUUCUAUGUAAAGUGCUCACACUGAUAUACAUAUACACACAUAUGUAGAGAAAAGCAAAGUUUAGACUAUUUCAAUAUUGGUGACAGCGGGUGAACGACGAAAGGGUGCGUUAUUGUAUAUAUAUAUAAAAAGAAAGAAAAAUAAGGCAUACACACACAAUGAAAAAUUCAAAUUCAAGUUAUAUACAUAAUGUUUCUUUGCAUUCCAAUGGAUCUCUGAGUACAACCGAUAAAGUAUUCUGGAACGCUGCUCGUAAUCCAUUACAGGCCAUUACGAUCACCUUUAAACUUUAAAACUUUCUUCGAUAUGUUAUAUUGCAUCGACAAAAGUACCACAAAACAAAAGAUAAUUAUGUAACUGUGUUUUAUUCACUAGAAAAAAAAAAAGAAUAAAACUCAUUAUACACAGGAUACCUUGAAGCUUAUUUUGAACACGAUCACAUUUUCAUUAAAUCGAAUCCCCUGACGAAAUGAGAGUAAAUGUCUUUUAAUGGGUUAGACACUAAUGUGCAAUCGCAGCAGCGUUCUCAUCUAGCGAUAGGAUCUCUAAUUAAAUAUACAAAGAUUGAAAACGGAGUAUAUAAUUUAACUGUCAUUUGCACAAAGUAAAUGUAUUCUCUAUAUUCUCGUUGGAAGGAAUGUAGUCUAAGAUAGCUUUAUCUUCGUAUUCAUGUACGAAUAUGAUAAUACGAACUGGUGGUAUGAUGGUGCACAUGUAUUUAUACUCAAUGUACCAGACACGCAACGAGAAAGAGAGAAAACCAGGCACAUGUUUAUUCGCCAUUUUAUUGACGAGAGAAAAUCGAUCAAAAUAAGACACAUCCGUGUCGUUCAAACAAGCUCGUAACUUAAAUGGAAUCCGCCUUUGUUCCACGACUGCGUUGUCCGUUUUGUUAGAUGAGAAUUUCCACACUUGUAUGUACGCGGGUUCAUAUUACACCUGUUAUCUUACGAUAAUAGUUACUUAAAUAGAUAGGCUCUAUCUAGCUGUUUCUAGAUAUAUGACAAGCAGGGUAGACAAGAGUCGUGGAUAGAAAAAGAAGGAGAGGAAAAAAAAACAAUUCCCUAUCGCUGCCAAAGGGCUAAACAGUAAAAUACCAAUUGUGUAUGUGUAUAUAUGUAUAUAUGCACGUGUAUAUGCGUUUCUUUUUCUUGCAUACAUACGUAUAUACAUAUGUUUAUAUGUAUGUAUGUGUGUAUGUGUGUGUAUGUGUGUAUGCUCUCGAUUCAGUCAAGUAUUUAGUCCAGAGUUAAUAAAAUUAAAAGGCAUAGUAUAUGAAA